ACAAAUUACUUUCAAAACUAACAGAUUAAUAAUAUGAAAAAAAUAACAAACUCAGAAUAAACCAAAAAUGGACUUUUACCAUGUAUAAAAAAUACAUGUAAGCCAUACAUAAAAAAACAUAAUUUUAUAAAAGAUCCAAACCUAUAAACUAAUUAUUACAUUAGUCAACCCGAUAAAAUGCUAUUCUUCAAGAAACCUUUGAGCAUCCGCUGGAGAUUUGAACAGCCGAUAAGUUCCGUCUUCGAGAGUAACUCUCAAAUGUGCUGGAGAUAACAGUGCUUGCUUGUAGCAUUUCUGAUGAAUUUCCAACAUAACCGAUUUAAAAGCCAUUCUUGCCCUUAAAACUUCGGGACUAUAGUCUUCCAGGAUACGGAAUUUAAAAUCUUGAAAGCUGAUCAUACCCUUUUUCCAUGCAGCCCGAAUCAAACGCUCUUUGGUAUGAGGAUAAUGGAUUCGGAGAAUUACUUGUCGUGGUUUCAAACUUGAAUCUGAAUGAAAACGAGAAAUGUGAUGUGCAUGGUCAAUUAUUAGAGGGGAAUCCAGUACUUCUGAGCCAAAGACAUCCAUUAAAAAUUUGGAGAAAAAAACAGUGAGAUCGCCAUUCUCAAAUGUUUCCGGAAUCCCAAUUAACCGAAGAUUUUGUCUUCGAGAGCGGUUUUCAAGAUCAGUGAUUUUAGAUUUAUAAUGAUCCGUCUGUUGAGAAGUCGAAGUUUGCUGUUGUUGCAAAGUUUCAAUUAUAUGAUCUCUCUGGCGAGCGGCUUCUUCAAGAACUGAAAUACUUGCUUGUUGUUUUUGUGACCCCAGUUGAGAAAGUGCAUCACCCACAUUAACGAGUGAGACACACCUAAUCCCCAUGUCGGAACUAUCUACUCAGAUUGUGCCUGCUUUUCAGGCUGGGCAGCCAAAGGAAACUACCUCAGAAAACACUCAGAACACCUCGACAUAUCUGGACAUAGAAAAGAAAGCAGCCACAACCUGUCAAAGUUGUGAGCAGGCCGGUUUGAAAAUGGAUAGUGCUGAUGAAAAUGAGGAGUGUGUUCCUUUGCUGAUCCUUAGAGAGGAGGUGGCUGAAGAGACUGUCAGACCUGAUCAGUCUAAUCUUGCUCGCAGGGGUCUAGAUGAAGAUGAUCUUUGCCCAGAGAGCAACGGUCAGUCACAGAGUGACAUGAGACAGACGCAAGAGGAGUUUGGGGAUGAAGAAGAGCUGUCUCUAAAAUAUGGAGCCAAACAUGUCAUCAUGCUGUUUGUUCCUGUCACUUUGUGCAUGGUGGUGGUGGUGGCCACAAUCAAAUCAGUCACUUUUUACACAAGGAAGGAUGGCCAGUUAUUGUACACACCUUUUACAGAAGACACAGAUAACAUUGGACAGCGUGCUGUAAAUUCCAUUUUGAACACUCUUAUUAUGAUCAGUGUCAUUGUGGUGAUGACACUGAUUCUUGUACUCCUCUACAAAUACAGGUGCUACAAGGUCAUUCAUGGAUGGCUGAUAAUCUCGUCACUCUUGCUCCUUUUCUUUUUCUCCUACAUCUACUUAGGGGAAGUCUUCAAAACGUAUAAUGUUGCUAUGGAUGUCUUCACAUUAGCAAUGAUAAUCUGGAACUUUGGGGUGGUUGGAAUGAUAUGUAUUCACUGGAAGGGGCCACUUCGAUUGCAACAGGCCUACCUGAUUAUGAUCAGUGCUUUGAUGGCCCUAGUUUUCAUCAAGUAUCUUCCAGAAUGGACUGCUUGGCUCAUCCUGGCUGUGAUUUCCAUAUAUGAUCUGGUGGCAGUUCUGUGCCCAAAAGGCCCAUUGCGCAUUCUUGUGGAAACUGCCCAAGAAAGAAAUGAGCCAAUAUUUCCAGCUCUGAUAUAUUCCUCAACAAUGGUAUGGCUGGUUAACAUGGCAGAUGUCGAUCCAGAGGCCAAGAUAGACCCAUCUAAUGAUUCUGGUUCUGAAACUCACAAACUUGAGCUAAAUCAGGCUUGUCCUGAUAGUAGUAUAAUGGAUGCAGAUGAUGGAGGCUUCAGCCGGGAGUGGACAGAGACCAGAGAGGCCAGGUUGGGUCCUAUGGAAUCAACUCAGGAAAGUCGUGCCACCGUGCAGGCAUUGCCAAGCCCUCCAGUAGUAACAGAAGAUCCGGAGGAAAGAGGUGUGAAGCUUGGUUUAGGUGACUUCAUAUUCUACAGUGUUCUUGUUGGCAAAGCAUCAGCAGCAGCAAGUGGAGAUUGGAACACAACCCUGGCCUGUUUUGUGGCAAUAUUAAUUGGUUUGUGCCUUACUCUCCUGCUGCUCGCCAUCUUUAAGAAGGCUUUACCAGCACUUCCCAUCUCUAUUACAUUUGGGCUAGUUUUCUACUUUGCUACAGACAACCUGGUGCGCCCAUUCAUGGAUCAGCUUGCUUUGCAUCAGUUUUAUAUAUAGGGCUGUCCUGUUGGGUUGAUUACACUGUAAGUCAUGUUGAGAACUGGAAUAGAGACAUUUUGUAAUUGGUAUAACAAUACAAGGUUAGGGAAAAGAAUGAUGAAUGGAACUCUGUGGAUUAUAACUUUCUACUCAGUUCAUCUUAUUUCUAAUUUAAAAUCACAGUGACAUCAGAAGAAAAUCAAACUGGUGCGAAAGUUUAACAUCUGGCUGAAAAGAAUGUUUGGAGUGCUUAUGAAACGAUCCUGUCUGCACUUAGCUUAUAAACAGUCUCACAGUGCAAUGACAGCAAAUAGGCUCCAAACAUAUUUUCCAACAUGCCUGCAAAGGUGGAUUUGAAAUAUUACUUCACUAAGCUAGUUUAUUACUCUGAAAUAUUCUUGUAUUUCAGAAAGGUGGUGGCCUCUUCUCCAUAAAGAGAUCUCUGUAAACUUUACUUCACCCUGAACUCAACUUAUCCUUUCAAAUUAAAAGAAAAUCAGAUUGUAGUUUUGAAAUGAAAACAGGAAAUGCCGGGGACACUGAUGGUGGCUGUGGAGAGGGGGGUGGGGUUAAAGUUCCAAGUUGUCUUCUGCACCACAUUUUGUUUUUAUUGCAGAAUUCCAGCAGCUGUACUGAUGCUUUUUGUACUGAUGUACUUUAUUUUUUUAAACAUUAUAAAUAAGACACUGUGGAUUUUGUGAUGUGUUUUGAAAGAAUGCAUACAAAUGUAUUGAUCUUUUUAAAAAAAAAUAAAUAAUUAUUUGGUUCUUCAUGACCAGUCAGCUUUUGUCUGGUCCCUGAUGAGUUAGCAAUUAAAAGUUAGCGAUACACUGGAA